UAAGUAAAUACAACAAUAGCCUGCAAAUCAUUAACAACGAAAUUGUGAUGUUACGCAAAAAACUCCCAAAACAUGGGCUUACACGGGCUUAAUAAAAACACUCUAAAUGAAAAUCGUUAUUCGGGCAUUUGGAGCGGCGUCCAUAACGAACCGGCCUCAACAAUGGGCUUAACGCGCGCACUCAUUACAAAAAGCGACAUAACAUAACGCUGCGUCGAAAGCUCUUUUCACAAAGUAUACUCCAGGUUUUUUUUGUUGGGAAGGCUUUAGUAAUCCGCCGCGAUUGGUCGGGACUCGCCCCGCCCAGGCGGGCGCGCGCGCCGAUUGGCGGGGGUCAGUAGAGCACCCUCGACGCUGAGUAGGCUGUCGAGGCACGAGGGCGGCGCGGGGUGUUCUUCACCCCGAGGGCCACUCGAGGGUUGUUCAGUGCGAGCGCGGCGUCGAAGGGCGCAGCACGUGUCACGCGAGUGUUCUGUGAAGGCUUCACCAUUAUCCCGAAGGCGAGCUCUCCCGGUCGGGAGAUGAAGUGCGAGGAAGGCGAGCGGUCGCCGCCGCUGCUGCCGCCGGCGUCGCUGCUGGCGUGGAGCCCCAUCCUGCUGCCGCCGUGGGCGCCGGCCUUCCUGCCGGCGCUCUAUCCGGCGGCCUUCCGCUCUGCGUUCCCAGGCCUCCUGGAUAGCAUGAAGAUGCCUGGCCAGCGGCCUGGGUUCCAGAUCUCGGACAUCCUGGGUCUGAACGAGGGCAAGUUGGAGCCCCCGCAGGGCGCCUGUCCGGUGGAGCUGCCCCCGUACCCGCCCCACCACUACCCCCCGGAGCUGCUGCGGCACCACCAGCCCUGGCUGUCGUUGGAUCACCAUGACAAUACUGGCAUCCUCGGCCAACAAGCCAGCCCUGACAGCACGUCCCGCGCCUCUGAGCUCUCAUACGUGGGCCCGUCGGCCUCGUCGCCGCCCGUGCCGGACCCGCGCGACGACGACGACGAGCACGACGUCGAGGCCGACGACGACGACCACGAGCACGACUCCAUCAACAACAACACCGACCCCAGCAUGGUGCACAAAAAACGCAAGCGACGCGUACUCUUCUCUAAAGCUCAGACCUACGAGCUAGAAAGGCGAUUCCGCCAACAGAGAUAUUUAUCGGCACCCGAGCGCGAGCAUCUCGCCAGCCUGAUCCGCCUGACCCCUACGCAGGUUAAGAUCUGGUUCCAAAAUCACAGGUACAAGACGAAACGCGCGGUACAAGAAAAAGGAGCGCACGAGCUGAACGUUGGAGGCUUGAGCUCACCGCGACGAGUCGCCGUUCCGGUGCUAGUGAAAGAUGGAAGGCCUUGCUUGAGCAAGCCGGAGCUGCCGCCGCUGGGCAUGGGGCUCCCCCCGUACCAGCCGCUGCACCACCAGCCGCCCGUGUCCGCGCACGGCCCGCAGCCCGCGCCCUGCUGGUGGUAACCCACCGAACCCCUCUACAGUGUCUACUAGUCCUCACGUCGCCGUUUGCAACAAGCAAACUUAGCCGACGAAGUUUCUAACAAAAUUAGGAGUUUGGAACUUGUUAAAUUAACAAUUAAACUCGAAUAGUAAAUUAAAUUAAAGUAAGACCUACUAUUUAAUAAUCGGCAUAUAAGGUAUCUGGAGUUCCUACUUAUUUAUAUUUAGAUAUUCUGAAGUCUUCAGUAGGUAAUCUAAAAUACUGUAUCAAGUAAAUUAUUAUUGGCAGACGUCGAAUAGCUGUUUGGAGUAGGCCUUAACUAGUGAUUGAGAACAUUCCAUCUUUAGAAGUGUGUAUAUUUAUGUAUAAAGCCUUUGACAAGUAUUAGAAUAAUAUUAUGAGAAAUGACCAGAUUUUAUCAGAAUGCAAUAUUUAGUUCUAAGGUUCAGUAUUAUUAUAGUCGUGUAUAGUGAAUAAUUAUUUAUAUUCCAAAUAAACUACUGUUAUUUUACGUAACUACAUACAUUUUUAUGUAGUUUAGAAGUUGUAAGUUGUACAUAUGUUGUAUAUAACAGAAAAUGUAUCCAGUUACGCAAAUAAAUACCAGCAGAUCCGUAUCA